GUUUGCUUGGGAUUAGGGCAUCGCCGCGGUUCACGAGCUUCGGAGCAGCAGGGCAGCAACAAUGCCGUCACACAAGACGUUCAUCAUCAAGAAGAAGCUGGCGAAGAAGAUGCGCCAGAACAGGCCCAUCCCGCACUGGAUCCGCAUGCGCACGGACAACACCAUCAGGUACAACGCGAAGCGCAGGCACUGGCGCCGCACGAAGCUAGGGUUCUAAGGAUGCCCUAGGUUCUUAUCUUUGCUCCUCUUCAUAGAAUUAGGUUUUCAGAUAUGCAUGUUGUGCUUCCUUUUGAAUUCCGUAUGUGAACCUCCUUUGUGUGGCAAUGUCGUGUUAGUUUGAUUUAAAGUUUGAAUUUUUGUCAUUGGUAAUGCUUAUUUAUUCCUGUUAUACACGCUUUCAAUUCUAUGGAAUGCAUUGAGCUGCGGUACUUUAUGCUGAUU